UCUGUGGCUUAGAUUUAUAUGCAUAAUAAUACCUACACCACUAGCUUAAAGACGCAAAAAAAUGUGAAUAUGACAUUGAUACUUGUUUGACCUAGGAUAAGCGCCACACUAUUCUUUAAAUUUUUUUUCAUGAUUGACAUGCGUAUGAGGAAUACCUAAGAGGAGGCCUAACGGCCAAGAGAGAGAGUAUCUGCCAAUUUUGUGGGAGGGGAGGUAGGUACGGUAGAUAUAGGGAGUGUACCCAAUCUGGGGAGAGCAAUUUGUUCUUGCUUGUGCCUUAGUGAGUAAGGUAGGAAGGAGAGAAACCCACCCUCUCAAAUUUGUGGGGUAAGUUGUAAUCGCCCACGGGCUCUUUUUGAAUCGGAAUAGUAAUCGAAGAAGGUGAUCGAUACCUUUCAAAUUGGUAUCAGAGCAGUUCGUGACUGGGAAGACGAGCGACGAUGAUGGUGAAGGAAUUGGAAUCACGGUGCGGGGCAAUGGAGAAGGAGGUUACCGAUAUUAAGGGAGCCAUCACGGUUGUGAAGGUGGAGGAACAACGUGUGAUGAGUGAGCGGAUCCAGAACAUGCUGGAGAGCUUCAUGUCGGAAAUUAUCGGUGGUAAAACUCCCUCGAUUUCGCAACUUGGCGAAUCGUUAGUUCAGAAGAACAAGCUAACUGAGGAGGCGACGCGAGUGGUACAGAUCAAUGACCAGGCCUAUGAUCGAAAUAAAUUCAAGAAGGUUGAGAUGCCAAUCUUCAUAGUGAUAAGUUUCGAUGUGGUAGCACUAGCAUGGUACCGAUGGCAUGAGCCCAGAGAUCAGUUUACGGAUUGGGAUAACCUGCGCACACGAUCACUCAAACGUUUUCGAAAAUCGAAAGAGGGACGACAAUGCGCACGACUUUUAGCGAUUAAGCAAGAGGGGAGUGUGGCUGAAUAUCAAGAGGCAUUCGAAGCAUUAUCGGCGCCCCUGCCUCAGCUCUCCGAUGAAGUACUGGAAUGCACGUUUCUGAAUGGACUAGACCUUGUAGUUCGCUCAAAGGUGUUGGCCACAGAACCUCAAGGUUUGGAACAGAUAAUGCACAGAGCGCAGUUGGUGGAGGACAUUGCCACAGCAGUUCAGGAAGCAGGGGAAGGAGCGGUUGAUCGUUAUACGAAGGUAAAUCUUCUUGGAGGGAAGACGGUGACAGACUCCGAAUACAACCCCUACUCGCACGGUCACUUUGGCUAGUACACCAGGGGUAGUGGCAACUGCGGGCACAACUCCGGCCGCAAGGAAAAGUACUCCCUAUAAACGACUGACAGAAGCUGAAUAUCAGAAGAGAAAAGAAAAGGGAUUAUGUUUUUGAUGUGAGGAAAAGUAAACGGUAGUACACAAAUGUCGGAAUCAAGAAUUGCGAGUGUUUGUGGUUCAUGAUGUGGAAUUUCAUUCUGAAGAAGAGGAUGCUAUUGAAGUGGAAGAAGAGGUGGGAAAGGUCGUCCGCUUGAACAAGAUCGUGGAACCCCACGCCAGGCACCAUAAAGGUGAAAGGAGUUGUCCAAGGGCGUGAGGCGGUGGUGAUGCUGGAUUGUGGAGCCACCCACAACUUUAUAUCACAGCGCCUAGUGGAGGAACUAAAGAUCAAGCAAUCUGAGACUUACAACUAUGGAGUAAUUAUGGGAUCAGGGGCAGCAGUGAAGGGAAAGGGCAUUUGUUGUGGAGUUGUUCUGGAACUAACUGGCAUUACGGUAGUAGAGGAUUUUUUGCCAAUAGAGUUGGGUGAUUUAGAUGUCAUUCUUGGGAUGUAAUGGCUCCAAUAAAUGGGAAAGAUGGAGGUGGAUUGUCCUGCGUUAUCCAUGACAUUUACACGAGAAGACAAGAAGAUCACUAUUAAGGGAGAUCCCAAACUGACCCGCCUAGAGAUUUCUCUCAAAAGGCUGACCAAAGGAUGGCAGAGCACAGAUCAAGGAUACUGGGUAGAGUUGCACGCCAUGACACCUCAAGUGUUGGUAGAGGAAGGUGAGCCAUCUGCGGUGGAAAGCCCUUUGCCCCGAAACAUCCAAGAGCUUCUUGGCAAAUAUGAGGAUAUUUUCCAGAGCACGGGACAACUACCCCUAUCUCGGAAUGUUGAUCAUAAGAUACAGAUCAAAGAAGGAGCAACUCCAGUGAAGGAGCCCGGGUGCGCCUCCAAGAGCUCCCUUAAUACGUUUUUUUUAAAAGAACCUUUCUCCCUCGCGAAAUACCUCAGUCCACAAACCCUAACCAUUCUCUCUACCUCUCGACAUUCACCUUCACCACCCUCAAUCUUCGGCCAUCGCCCACUCCCGUCUCCGAUCAUCAACGUCGCCGCUCCCGUCUCUGACUAAACUUAUUGCAUUUGGUUGUUUUAUGUAUCUUGUUGACAUUUACUAUGACACUAUUUUGGUAUUCAUUUUUUAAACUAUGUUUACUAUAUAAAUUUAUGCACUAUAUAUAUAAUUUUUAUUUAUUUAUUAAGGUGCGCCUCGCUUCACUCGGGCGUCGCCUUUGUAUCGCCUCUCGCCUCAAGGCGAUCAAAGGGCUUGUCGCCUUGAGGUGCGCCUUGCGCCUCGAAAACACUGACGGCCUUACCGCUAUGCACAUGUGCAGAAGGAGGAAAUCGAGAAACUCAUCGAAGAAAUGAUUGAAGGGGGAAUCAUCAGGCCUAGUGUAAGUCCAUAUUCGAGUCUAGUGAUCUUGGUAAAGAAAAAAGAUGGAAGCUGGAGGUUUUGUGUUGACUACCGCGCAUUAAAUAACGUCACAGUGCCUGAUAAAUUUCCUAUUCCAGUUAUUAAAGAGCUGCUAGAUGAGUUACAUGGCUCACGAGUUUACUCAGAGAUAUACUUGAAAGUUGGAUAUCACCAGAUAAGGAUGGCGUCGGAGGAUGUGCAUAAGACACCCUUCAGGACUCACGAGGGUCAUUACGAAUUUCUGGUAAUGCCCUUUGGGUUGACCAAUGCACCAUCUACAUUUCAGUCCCUCAUGAACCAUAUUUUCAGACCCUUUCUCCGUAAGUUCAUCUUGGUAUUUUUCGAUGACAUACUCAUAUAUAGUCUUGAUUUACCUUCUCAUGAAAGGUGGUGUUUGAUGUGUUGAGGGAUAAUUCACUAUGCGCUAAUUUGAAGAAGGUUCAAUUCGCUUGUGAGAGAAUUGAGUACCUUGGACACUGGAUCUCAGCAAAUGGGGUAGAAGCUGAUUAGGAGAAAAUCUGAGCAAUGAUACAGUGGCCACCACCCACUACCCUUCGGGAACUCAGGGGAUUUCUAGGCCUCACGGGGUACUAUCGAAAUUUUGUGGAACAUUCUAACCGUUCCGGCCAUCCUUGGUGUUGAAUUAAUCAAGAAAGAAGUGCAGGAAGAUCCGUAUUAUGUGACCAUUUUGCAAGAACUUGAUAGGGAUGAGGACAGUGUUCUAAGUAUAGUCUGCAACAAGGUGUCCUUAAGUAUAAGAACAGGAUGGUAGUGUCCAAGAGUUCCAGCCUUAUUCCAGCUAUUUUGCACUUGUAUCACAACUCCGUUUUGGGGGGACACUCGGGCUUUCUACGAACCUACAAAAGGUUGACAGGAGAAUUGUGUUGGAUUGGUAUGAAGGCGGAUGUCAAGAAAUAUGUGGAAGAAUGUUACGUCUGUCAGCAGAAUAAAACUCUAGUGAUGUCCCCAGUCGAAUUGUUGCAGCCUCUUCCUAUACCAGAUCGAAUUUGGGAAGAUAUAACCAUGGAUUUCGUGGAAGGCCUACCCAAAUCCUUGGGACAUGACACGAUUCUGGUGGUGGUUGACAGGCUCAGUAAGUAUUCGCACUUCAUUCCCCUAAUACACCCAUUUAUCGCUAAGAUAGUGGUGGCUGCGUUUGUUAAGGAGAUAGUGAGGCUCCACGGGUUUCCAAGAUCGAUCAUCUCUGAUCAAGACAAGAUCUUUCUGAGUCAUUUUUGGACAAGAGUUAUUUCGCUUGCAAGGCACCAAAUUAAAAAGGAGUACUUCCUACCAUCCACAAACGGAUGGACAAACCGAGCAGGUCAAUAGGAGCUUGGAGACGUAUCUAUGCUGCUUUUGCACUGACUCUCCACAGGCAUGGGGAAAUUGGCUAGCUUGGGCUGAGUACUGAUAUAACACCACAUACCACGGGUCUAUAGACACUACUCCCUUCAGAAUAAUAUAUGGGACAGACCCUCCACCCUUAAUGUUCUAUGGCAGUCAGAAGACAUCCAACGGAUCAGCAGUUGGCAGAUCACGAUGCAGCACUCGAAUCACCUGAGUCAAGCGCAAGCUAGGAUGAAGAAGUUUGCGGACAGGCACCGUACUGAGAUGGAAUUUGAGGUGGGUGAUCUAGUGUACUUAAAGAUUCGGCCGUAUAGACAGAAAUCUUUGGCGAAAAGAAGGAACGAGAAAUUGAGUCCUAAGUAUUUUGGUCCUUUUCCGGUGGAGAAGCGCAUUGGUAAGGUAGCAUAUCAGUUGAAAUUGCCCCCUGAAGCAGCUAUACGCCCCGUGUUUCACAUUUUGCAGCUCAAAAAAGGGAGCAACACACGAGGUGCAACCUAUAACUCCCUUGCUGACGGAUGAAAUGGAGUGGCGUGCGGAAUCUGAGGAAGUCUAUGCCUAUCAGAAGAAUGAGAUCACUGGAGAGUUGGAAGUGCUGCUCAGCUGGAAAGGAUUACCUGCGGAAGAAGCAACCUGGGAAAUUGUGGUGGAAAUGAUGCAAAAAUUUAUGGAGUUCCACCUUGAGGACAAGGUGUUUCUGAACGAGGGGGAAGUUGUUAGACCCCAUAUUAUGAAGACGUACUCUAGGAGGGGUAAGAUGGGAAAUAACCUAGAGGGUAAUGUGGGGAAUACCCAAGAGGAGGCCUAACGGCCAAGAGAGAGAGUAUCUGCCAAUUUUGUGGGAGGGGAGGUAGGUACGGUAGAUACAGGGAGUGUACCCAAUCUGGGGAGGGCAGUCUGUUUUUGCUUGUGCCUUAGUGAGUAAGGUAUGAAGGAGAGAAACCCACCCUCUCGAAUUGGUGGGGUAACUUGUAAUCGCCCACGGGCUCUUUUCGAAUCGGAAUAGUAAUCGAAGAAGGUGAUCGAUACCUUUCAUUCACCUUCCUAUUGCCUUUUGUCGGGCUGUUUUUCUUUUAUGCCCUUGUGCCAUCUUUCAUUUUUCUCAAACUUAGCUAGUUCUCCUGUUUUUAGUUUUGGCUGAGUGGAGCAUCUUUUUCUGGGCUCCAAUUCCUCGGAUCUAGGACAUCUAAUCCCCUUUUGCAAUUACUUUUAUUUUAAAAGCAAUUAGCUAUGUCGGAUAGCCUGGUUGGCAAUGUCUCUUGGUCAUAUUGGUUUAGAGGUCUCAAGUUCGAACCUUCUGGUGAGUUUAAUACCAAAAACUCUUAAUGUCCCUCAGGUGCCCCUAGGUAUAGGGGGCAAAACUCUAACUCCUAGUUAUCAAGAAAAAAAAAAAUCCAUUAGCUGCCAUUUCCUAGAAUUUUGCCAAUUUUCCCACCGUUAUAGUGAAUAAAAUUUGAAUUCAUUGACUAAUAGAUCUUCGCAAACUGCAAACUCUCGUAUGCACAUCAGGAUGUGCAAUGUUGCUGACACCAAUCUAUGCGCAAUGUUGUUGACACAAAUUUUGUUGGGAUUUUAGAAUGUGGCACUUCUUUUAAAACUAUUGAUGAUGUUUAUUUUUUUUAUUAAAUAGUAUUUUUGAACUUUGGAGUUUAACUGUUUUGAUGAUUGAU